GGCAAACUUGUCUUUUCAACCCUGAGCCUACUUUUACUUUGACGCGCUGAUGCCCGACACUGGCGGUGGAUCUUGGACGACGGACACCGGAGAGAGAGAGAGCUCUACCAGUUGCUGUUUCCCACAGAGCAACAGGGCGGCCACCGACCGGCUUCUCUUCCCUCUUCACGCUUUCACGCAGGAGGAUGACUUUGCACCGCGUUGACCACGUGAGCAACGCUUGGUGGUCACGUGAAGGCGUCCUGCAGUCUGUCUCCAUGCUACUUUCUCAUUCAGAUGUGUGCGUGCAUGUCUGCAGUUUGUUUGGCGUCCACGUGAAGACAUUUUUUGGAAAACCGCGAGAUGAACAGCGACAACUUCAACCUGAGCGAGAAGAUUGUGUCACCUUCCUACAUCCGGCAGGGAUCGCAGGCUCGCCGUGGCCAUGAGCAACUCAUCAGACAGUUACUGGAACAAGGAAAGUGUCCUGAGGAAGGAUGGAGCGAGAGCACUGUUGAGCUCUUCCUCAACGAGCUAGCUGUGAUGGACAGCAACAACUUCCUGGGUAACUGUGGAGUAGGAGAGAGAGAAGGCCGGGUGGCGUCCAGCCUUGUGGCAAGACGACAUUACAGGCUGAUCCACGGCAUCGGCCGGUCAGGUGACAUCGCUGCUAUUCAGCCUAAAGCUGCAGGAUCCAGUCUGCUUAACAAACUGACGAACUCGGUUGUCCUGGAUGUCUUAAAGCUUGCAGGUGUCCGGAGUGUGGCCAGCUGCUUCGUGGUACCCAUGGCUACAGGGAUGAGUUUGACUCUCUGCUUCCUGACCCUUCGUCACAGGAGACCCAAAGCUCGCUACAUCAUUUGGCCUCGCAUUGACCAGAAGUCCUGUUUCAAGUCUAUGAUCACAGCAGGCUUUGAACCUGUGGUCGUGGAGAAUGUGCUCGAGGGUGAUGAGCUGCGGACAGAUUUGGAAGCAGUUGAACGCAAGAUUGAAGAGCUUGGAGCUGAAAAUAUCCUGUGUGUUCAUUCAACGACUUCUUGCUUCGCCCCACGGGUCCCUGACAGGCUUGAGGAGCUGUCAUGUCUCUGCAGCAAGCAUGAUAUUCCCCACAUAGUUAACAAUGCAUAUGGCGUGCAGUCGUCCAAAUGCAUGCACCUCAUUCAGCAGGGCGCCCGUGUGGGAAGAAUCGACGCCUUUGUACAGAGCCUGGACAAAAACUUUAUGGUUCCAGUAGGUGGUGCUAUAAUUGCAGGUUUUGAUGAGUCCUUCAUACAGGAGAUAAGCAAGAUGUACCCAGGGAGAGCAUCAGCCUCACCUUCCCUCGACGUCCUCAUUACCCUCCUCACGCUGGGAGUCAGUGGCUAUAAGAAAUACUUGUCAGAACGAAAGGAGAUUUAUUCGUUCCUGGCUGAGCAGCUGAAGAGUCUGGCUUCUGCACACGGGGAGAGGUUGCUUCACACCCCGCACAACCCCAUUUCUCUGGCCAUGUCUCUAGAUGGUCUCCAGGCCAACAGCGACAAGGCGGUGACUCAGCUAGGAUCCAUGUUGUUCACCCGACAAGUGUCAGGAGCCAGGGUGAUACCACUGGGCAAGGAGCAGACCGUAAGCGGACACACGUUUCGUGGGUUUAUGUCCCACUCGGACUCGUACCCCUGUCCUUACCUCAACGCUGCCUCCGCUGUGGGUAUCACUCGAGAAGAUGUGACGGUCUGCAUCAAAAGGCUCGACAAAUGCCUGAAAACUCUGAAGAAAGAGGGCGGUACGGCAAAAAACAGUUCCCCGGUGUCUUCGUCGAACCAAGAGGUCUCUAUAGGAGAGUGACUGAACUGAGGCCUGAACAUUUCAACAGGAAGACUUUGACCUUGUGCUGCCUUCAAGCAGUGAUUUGGACUGUGUGUUUGUGUUAUGAGUCAUUACUUCUAGCAGUGAAACACUGUCCAGGUGGUCAUAAACCAAAAUAAUUUACUGAUUAAUUCCCUCAUCAAGUGAUAAUUGGGAUAUUAGGACAAAACGUGCUGCUUAGGAGCAUCUGGUGAUAAACCACUGAGCUAAAUUUAGACCAAAUGUAUGCAAAGGCUGUUGUUGACUGUGUAUGUUUAACUUUAAUUUAAAGCUAAUUACACAUUCAGCCUUUACAAAAGG